AGCCGGCCUCCCCGUGGUGCUGAGCAGCGUCACUUAUUCGGUGUCGAGAGGACUGAACGCGCGUUGCGUUGUACGGUGGGACUGCUGGACUGUCUCCGGCUGAAAAAAAAACCAACGAUGUGUGCCGACCGUGACCUGUACCUCCGUGUGACCAUGAUCACUGGCGUUGACAAAAGCUGUCGCUUACGAACAUCUUUGCGCUGACCUUCUCGAAUAACCUAAAAAGAAAGUACGCCCUCGCAGUUUCAGCAGCGAAGGACAGUUUAAUAUCUUGUAUAUAUACAUCGGCAACGCGAGUAGAUCCAGCAGCUUUCAACGAGCGCGGCAUCUGUACGGAAAGUGCCUAAAGGAGGUAAGGCGUGCGUGCGACGCUGCCCCGAGCACUUAGUUCAGUCAGUAUUGUUUCCUUUCCUUUUCUUUUUGAAGCUACCGUAUUUUUUUUUUCGGGACGCGCAACACUCGCGAGAAUUUGUGCAAGCCGCCUGACAAGGACCAUGAGCAAGUUGCGUCACCCCAAGGGCCUGCCGUCCGAGGACGAGGACAGUGGUCGAGGCUCGGUGGACAGCGGCCUCAUAUGCCACGAUUCGCCCGAGCCGGGUGCUCGCGAGGGCUGGCUCAGCGACGUCGCCUCGGCGAGCCUGCCCGACGAAGAACAGCCGUGGCUGAGCGGCGUGUCGCCAGACUACGACAAUGUGGCGUCGCCCGGUGGAAGCAGCACGGCUUCGGGACCGGUCUACGUGCGGACGCCCGGCUUCGAGCACCACGGACACUCCGUGACCGCAACUGCCGCGGCUUCUGGCGCGGUUACCGGGCCAGGGGUGUCCGAGAAGAAAGCGGCCGCCAAAGGAGGGAACAAGUCGACCGGACUCCGCAAGGGCAGCGUCAUCAGCGUCAACGACGUCAGCGCGUUGAACGAAGGACGCUCCGUCGCGACGCGAGUCAGAGCGAAACCCAAGAAAGAGCCGCUGCCGAUGAAACUUCGCGCGCUGCCGCAGUCGUUCUGGCAGCAACCGGACGAGACGAGCGGAGUGUCGCCGGCCAUCGUGAUGCCCGUGCUGCCACCGCUCUUCAAGCACGACACCCAGGAAGACCUCACAGCGGUCCGUCCUCUGACUCCCCCCGAAGGGUCCGGAGAGCGUAGGCCCCGGUCUCCAGAGCGGGUGGUGCGAGUCAAGAACACUGAGCUUCUCAUGCGGCUCUUCGACGAGGUUGACCCGGAGCGGAGACCCAUGGCGCCCGUCGUCAAAAGGGGAAGGCCGAAGAAGCCUCCGCCCGCUGCGAUGAGCCGCUCCCUACGCGGCGACGACCCCUGCAUGGUGAACGCGGCCACCGAGGCCCUGCUUCCGCUGCUGCCGUUCGGGUCGCGCGCGGCGGGCGGUCAGCGCGGGCAGCCGGGAAACUCCAUGGCAGCCGCUCUGGCAGCGCACCACCAGCAACACCCACCCACCGUCACCAUGGUGACGCUCAAGGACGGCGACAAGACGGUGUCUCUACCGUCGCUCACCGUCGACCACAACUACCCGCAGGUGCUGUCUGAGCUAGUCAUGCGGCUGUGAUCGAAUCAAGAGGUGAACUGAGCACCCAUCGUUUGAUCCUGCAUCGUCGACCACGGUGUUCGUCGACCACGGUGUGUCUCCAUCGCCCACCACCAGAUGGCACGUUUGUGUCGAGGCACUACUGGUUCCCACCGUCCAUUUGCGCGGAGUCUCGGAUGUGGUCGUCUUCGCGAGGACCACAUCAGUCUUUGGCUAUCGAUUCUCGUGAUUGAGAGAGAUCCUCGCGAGAGCCUUGAAGUUUUGUAUCUAUUGUGUGCACCAGAGCUCUUUCAUCGCACGGACUGCUGAAGCCGAUUAUGUAAUUAAACCGCGAGAUAAUCGCUGCUAUCGCUCAGCAACUAUGUGCUCAUAGAGAGGUCAUGCGUACGAUUACCGGCCGCAGCUGUCGCAUUCUAACGAAAACUGCGCAGAAACAAAAACGCGCACUCGUGCACUUAUAGUCUGAGCUGCUGCAGACUGAGGAUUUUCAGGCGGUCUUAAAUUAUUACUAGCCAUAUAGCUACUACAGCAUCCCUACUGCGGCAUCCAUGUGAUUCUUUGGUGCUUCUAACCGACUGAAUAAGUCAAGAUUAAAUCAAUCAAUGAAAUUGAUAUGUGCUUGAUUUUUCGCAAAUCCUGGCAUCAUCUUUGAGCAGUGAAAUGAGCUGGCAAUAAGCACGUCCUGUUAACAGCAGAACGAUAAGACAUCACAGGUUUCUUGCCUUGCUCAUAACGGAUCAUAUACGUAUGUCAUUCCACGAUUCUGGCAACUGGUAUGAUUAAAGAACUCUGGUGCACACAAGAUCUCAUUCCUGGUGCGUCUGGAAAACGUGCCUUUUCUUUUUUACGCCUUAGGCGUUUCUUCUUGUUGAAUCGUAAAUGUUAUCCGGUGGUUCGGGACAUCAAGGUGUGUAGCUAUGGAAAGAAUCGCAGAAGGAAAUCAAUGUUGAGACACCGAUGCUCGAAUAGAUGUAGUGUUCCCUAACCAAGUCAUUAUCAACUAACAGUUCUUACAGUAAUAAUUAUUCUAAGCCAUGACAUUACGCUUGCAGUGUUACUCAACGACUUUCUUCACUACGAUUAAUUAUUGUAUCUCAAGUUUGUCGAAUGAUUUUCUGGGCCAGCAUAGUUUGUAAUAGUUUCUCAACAAUUGCAGUAAUGUACGACGUUCAGUACUUCCGUGAGCAUAGCUUGUAACUUAAAAUAAAAAGAAAUCACCCUCGUCAUCGCUGUCAGAAAAUGGAGACGAGUUUACCGCGACAUAAUGAGAACCGAAAGUAGAAACGGAAUUUGCUUGUCUUAAAAUUUAUAGCGUGAUUCUGAACACCUGUAAGGUUUCGCUAAGUUCUUAUUAGCUUUAUUUUUGUAACCAGUAUAAAGAACAUACGUAGUCUACAAAGAUAACAAAAAACAACAAGUAUUUGUCUUGGAAAGUUACGCUUGCCUUUGAGAUGAAGGUGAUUUAUCAAAGCGGCGUUGGUAUUUUUUUUGCAAAAACUAUAUUUUCGUAGCAAAGUUAAAAGAAUCUGACAGAUUUCGUAGCAGAGAGAUGGAGAGAUAGCCUGUAAAAACUUAUUUCAUUAUAUUAAAAAAAAGAAAAUGACUUCGCUUUGAUUUUACAUCACCGUUUGCUAUUGGUGGUUAUCAUAACUAUAACCAUCACUCGUAACUUCGGAGAGUCAUUAUCGUCGAGGAAUGAGUUUUUUUGCAUAUUACGUGGGUGCCUUAAUUUAUAUCAUGAAACUUACGUCUUGAAGACAGGUCGACCUGCUUCAGCUGGUUGGCGAAUCCUUUUAUUUAACACAAUGCACGCAAGCAAAUUACUGUUGGCAAUGCGAGCUAAUGGCUUUGUUCAGGUCCCCCUUAAAUAUACCCCGACCUGUCUUUCUCAAAUUCACAUUUGAUCCUCUCAUGAUCAAUGCUAUUCAAAUAGCAGCGAAACAGCAGCUCAGCGUGGUUGGCUUUCUUGCGAUUCUUGACUCAUCACUUUGACUUGCUGUUGAAACUCGCAACUGUGUCAGUAUUAUCCUUUACAUUCCUGUAAAUAUCAUAGGAAGUGAUUUGUGUGUUUUGACGUGUUGCACAAAACCAAUGUCCAUGACAUUGAACGUUGAUCGUGCACUUAUUUAAGCGCACCUUUCCUCUCUUCCAUUUCUUUUUAAUUUCUAUUCACAUUUUACCUUUCCCUCGCCUCUGUACUUCGUCUGCUGCUGUACACGUCAUUUGAAAAGCAAAAUGUCAUAUGCUUAGAUCGACUUAGAUUGACUUAAACCUGGUCGUUGUUUAUUGUUUCAUCGUGACUUGAUGGCGAUACGUAUAAUGGUGCUAUAAUGGUGCGAGUCAAAUACCGUGGUAGAAAUGCUUAGUACCCGGACGCCCUUUUGGUUGCCGGCCUCGGCGACUCGGUUCCGAAAAUUCCUGCAUACUGAGCCUUCGUAGCACUAUAAAUAGACACUAGUGAAAAAGAAUAAGGUGAACAUAUGGUCUUUUUUUCGUAAGAAAGGUGGAAUUUUUUAAAAGUAUUAUUAUUAUUAUUGUUGGCUUACACCCAGGGACCCGUGCCCUGGCGCGGAUACCUUAUUUGACAACAUUCUUUGUAAAAAGGAAGUUUAUUUGUCACCGCGAAGAUAUAUUUCGAGACAAACACGGCCAGAGCGCACUGGUUGUUUCGUUCUUUGCUGUGAACUUGCUUCUAAUGCGCUUCGCUGAGAGAGAAUGUUAAAGUCAGUGUAGAGAGAGGUUAAUUGCUAGAGCGCUCUGUCGUUUCUGUUGGAGAAGGCAGAAAAGAAAGUGCAUGCACUUCUAGAAGGGAGAAAGUAUUUCUGGUAGUUACGCGGCAGAACACCGCCAUUCCAUUAAUUUGACUGCAGGAAUGAACUGGUUUAACCUCGGAGGUCUCUGCUCAGAAAAUGCAGAGUCAUUCCUCUCGAGGCGUACCGUGUUUUGCCACGACCUGCCAAGGAAGCACUGAAGCAGCAGCGAAGGACAAUUAGGUAGUGGCGGUGACGAUUCUGAGUAUUAAAUUGAGGAUGAGUAAUAUAGCCACCCACCUGCCACGUAUAUGGCGUGGCAGUGUAAUACGAUAAGCGCAGUUGUGUCUCCUAUAUUGGCUCUACACUCUGCGCCAAAAAAAAAGUAAAAAGCUGGACUGGACAUAUAAAUCUGUGUGGUAUUAUAUCGUGGAUGCUUCUGGAAAUUUAUCGAGCACUCUUUUCUUGUAUUCAUAUUUCCGGUCUAUGUCCGGUAUACGUUGGAGGGCCUCGGCUACAUCUUCUAUUACGAAAAUUAUUCGAAUUAUGGAAAUCACAGAAAUUAUGGACAGUUGUUGCUGCUGACUGCUUUUACACUGCUCCUUCAGGAUUUCUUGUUAGGUCGUGGACUUCAGUGGCAGCUUCAAGCUCUUCGCCGAAAGAGCUUCAUAGAGAAGCUUGCCAACAUGGUUGAAAAUCAUUGUGAAGCUGUAGAGAUAACUAUAUGUAGCAGCAAGCCGGAGCUAAUAUUUGCUGGUGAUGUACAGUGUUGCUAACGAUACUUACGCGAUUAGCUCAGCCGGACCUGUUGAAAGCGAAAGCUUGCCGUCCUUUGCUGCGGGCAUGGCAUGACACGACAAGAAUUUUAUUCGAGUCCUGAGGAACUGAGAUCUAGGGGCACUUGUUUAUUCUUUUCCCCAAAGUCUCCUGCUGCGUCGCACCUUUUCUUGAUCCUUCAAGAAGUUUCAAAGCUACCCCCUCUUGUAGAACUCGAUCCUUUUGAACUUUCUGAAGACCGUGACACACUGCGACGCUUUCUCUGUCGACUUUAAUUUCUCUGCGAAACGUAUUGCCCUAAAGAAAUCCACACAGAGAGAAAAAGUGGUGAUGUUCUAAAUCUGGCAUCUUCAGACGAAGCCGGUUCCUGAGCGCACACCAUAUUGGACGCGCCGAGAAGUCUCGGACGAGUCUCUCGGGGUGUCUUUUUCGUUCUUUCUUUUUUGCUUGCAAAAAAAAAAAAUUCACGACCGCAUCGAGAGAAAAUGGGAUGUGAUGGACGACAGCUUUUGUUUCAAGCGCUUGCAAUGAUGCAGGAUGCAACAUGCACACGAAAUGGCAGCCAGUCAUUGCAGAUCGCAUAACGCCGUGCUGUACUAAGCACGUGAUUCUAAAUCUUUGCGGGCCUUCGUACAAGAAGUCUGCUUUGUACAGUUACGAAUGGUCUGUCUCUGUCUCUGGUCUGUUACGCUGUCUUUUCCUCUCCCGUGUUUUUUCGCUGCUAAUUUACCAUAUAAAAUGCCGAGCCACCCAUAGCCCGAGUUUUCAACCUGGUCAGCUCAUGUUUUAUACAAAAUAACUAUUUAAAAAAUUAUCGUACAAAAUAUUUCUUGGUUAUUUUUGGUACGUCUGUCAUAUACUUAAUCGAUUUCGCCAAAUUAAUUAUUACGACCUACGUUCGUGUUGCCCGCAGUGAUCGUGCAGAUCAAUCAACCGCUUUGGAAACGCGCCGACAUGCGCCGAGCUGCAAGCUAUCAAUUUCGAGUCGACAAGGACCGGGGUUUGUCGCAGUGCGGUAGCCACUUAGCGAGAAAAAAAAAUUUACUACGCGGUAAGAAAAAUCGAAUCGAUCAAUACCUCCCCGUUGCCUUAUGUGGUCGUCACAACGGAACCGCACGCGGGUCUAUUGAAAACGCCGCGCCUGACCUACCUUAAUGACAAGGAGCGCAUGUGAUCGUCCCAGCUGUGGGAUCACAACACAUUCAAUGCAGGUGUGUUCCGCACAGUUUCUCGAACGUUGGUUUUUGACUCCGAGUUCUCGACAACACGUCGUUUAUCUGCACAAAUUGUUCGCACUUUUCUUUUUUUUUUUUAGUGACAGCAUCAACUUCCCUACCCGAACAUGUCUGCUUGGCGUCCAUGUAGCUCAUGAGAAGUGACGUACCUUGACGUUAGUGUGUUAUUGCUUGUUAAUUCUGUUGUCAAGAGCUGCUUGUGAUUUUCGUUGUUGACUGGUUGUUUGAAUAGUCAACCUUUACAUGUUUGUCGUUCUGUAACUGUGAUUUAAUAAACGGGGCCAUCGAGCUUCA